AUGCCCCACGCCCUAGCUCCCGUAGUUGAAGCCGAGAAUGACGCGCAAGAGCUUGAGCUCGGGGGAGAACAAGGGGAGGCGCAAGCCCUUUGCAACGAUAGAGAGGAUGGCGGAGGGGAGGCGGAAGGCGUGGGCGGAAGCGGGAGUGGCGGAGGAUGGGGGGAGCGGAGAGCGCAGCUGCUGCAGCUCGGAGCGGCCAGCUGGGACAGGCUGGUGCCGCGGCGAGUGCGGAGAAUCUUCGGGCAGGGAAUCAUGCCGCGCGCGUGGGGGUCGCAAGGGCCGAUAUUCGGGCUCGUGGACCGGCAAACCACGCCCGCAUCGGCAUGGGAGUGGUGCGUGCUCGUGCGGUGGCUGCGGUUAAUUAGCUGGGAAAAUCAGUCGCUAGUUGACACGUGGAAGUCUCGCCGCGUGGGGCGGUUGGAUUUCCUCCGCCACCCGCUCGUGCGGCCGGUGGUGCAGCUGCCGACGGAGGCGUUCGUGGGGCUGCUGUUCUGGACGAGCCUCAUGGCUUUCGUGCGCUCCGUGUACUGGUUCAUGCUCGCCGCGCAGGGCCUCACGUCACACAUCCUCCUGCUUGGUUACCUGCUCGUCCCAGGUCUCGUGCUAGGUCACGAGUUUCUCCACCAGCUGCUCUCCACCAAUCCCGUGCUCCGAGCGCUGCUCGUCUUAGGCGGCGUGGUCGGCGUGGGCGGCAGCAGGGAGGGCGUCGAAACCACUAUAUGGGGGGUUGCUCUUAGCGGAGCAGGAGUUGCCAUGGUAGGGUUAUACAUAGGGGAGGGGCUGUGGCUUGCGCCCCCUGCGCGCAGGCGGAGGGUCGGGUUCGGGCUCGCGGGGGGGCUGCUGCUGCUGCAGGCGCUGCAGUUGGCGUUCGGCGGGCGGAACCCGCUGCUCGCGCGCUGGUGGGGGCUGCUGCUGCUGGCGGUGCUCCCCGGCGCGUGGGUGGCGGCGCUGCUGCUGUAUGAAGAGUUGCGGGACUGGGAAGGGGAGGAGGAGGAGGGUCGGCGGAUGGUGGGCGGGAGCGGGAGCGCGGAGGGCGCGCAGGGGUACUGGCCGGCUGGGCGCGGUGGGCAGAGGUUGGAAGGGACUGUGUUGAGUGAGGAUGACUGGAGUGUGGAGUCGGAGGGAGGGUGGCGGGCGGCAGAGGAGGCGGGGUUGAAGCAGUGGGAUUCUGUGAACGUGUUGAAUGAGGGAGGUGUUAAGAGCGGUGAGCGGUGCAUGGAGAUGGUUGGAGACGGUCAGGAAAGGGCGGAGUUGAGGGCAGCAAAUGCAAGUUUCGUAGCAGUUACGGUUGAUGGGGCCCAAGAAGAGAUGCAGCAGCAGCAGCAGCAGAUGGGACAGCAACAACGGGAGGUCAUUCCAGCAUCAGUAAAAGCCCAAGCUGCCGAACCUGCUGCUGCCCGCCCAUUCAGCACAGGCUCGGGAUGCCUUGGAACGUCCUCCGAGCCUAACAGCCAGGGCUGGGGGGGCAGCGUGGACGAAUCGCACGACGCCUCGUCAUCGGCCUAUGACAGAUCACGCACUGUAUCCGCCUCGGCAGCAGCAGGUGCGGGAGGGAAUGCUGCCACAGGACCUGUCUGGGUGGCUGAUAUGCUGGGGGGGUUUAUGGAGGAAGAGGAGGAGGUGGAGAACGGUGGGGAGGGCGGGACUGUGGUGAUGAGUGAAAGUGAUAAUGACAGUAACGCUGGGGCGAGUGGAGUGGCGUGUGCGUGUCAUUCCCCACACGGGUGUGAGUGUAUAGGAGUGCUCUGUGCGGACGGGACGCUUGGGGGUAAAUGCAAUUCCGAGGUAGAGGAAAGGGGAGUACCAGUGGAAAGAGCGGCUGUGAGAGAAGGGGAGGGGAGGGAGUGUACAGGAUAUGGAGGGAAGGCGGGAGCUGAGGUGCAGGGGAAUGGGGAGUCAGGUCGGCAGGGAGCAGCAGGGCAUGACUCGGAAGAGCAGAUCGAGGGACAUGGGCCAGAGCAGCAAGACGGGCGCUGCAGCGAGGGUACGCCUAAAUGUAACGAGGGUUCUCUAGAAGGCAAUGAGGGAUACCCUGAGUGGCGGGAGCCUGCGCGGGGAGUGCUGGGGUACUUUGGCCUCGAGAUUGGUUCUGUGGAGACGUCUGAAGGGAAGCUCAGAGCUGAGUGGCGCAGCAGCCGGCAGUGGGAGACGACUGUGGAGCUUAGCGAAUGGCUCUCUGCUCCCCCUGCCUGGGGUUUCAUCUCUGUAGUGUCACUCGCUUUAGGUAUAGUGCUUGCUGCAGAAGUUCUCAGAAUGCAUAUCCCUAAGCGCGUGCAUGCUAUAGUGGCGUUGGCUCUUGCUGUUUCUGGGUGCAUCUGGUUGCUUCUCUCCGGACCGUUCCAUCCCAUUCCUGCGCUUCAGGCUCGGCACGAGCCUGGGUCACGCUUCUGGCUGUCGUUUUCCCAAGCCAGUGGGUAUGUGUCAGACGAGCCUCAGGAUCUGGUCUACCUUCCUGGGCCUGUUACCGGACCUGUGGCCGGACCUGUUGCCGGACCUCCUGCUGCUGCCUCGACAUCGCAAGCGCUAUUAGCUCUUCUGCUGAUUCUCCUCCUCCUCCUCCCCUUCCCCCUCCUCCUUCAAUACGCCUACGCCCCUUCCUCCUCCCCAACCUUCGUCAGCAGCUUCGGCAGCAGCAGCAGCAGCACCAGCUCCGGCAGUUCUGGCAGUGCCGAGCCUGGCUCGGAGGCUUGGGUGCAGCUUCGGGUGCUCAACUUCAAUGUGCAGCAGGGGUUCAGCCGUGCAGGUUCAGUGAACCUGGACGCCAUCGAGCAUGUCAUAUGGCAGCAGAAGCCGGACAUUGUACUGCUACAGGAGUCGGACACAAUGCACAUGAUCCACGGCAAUGUUGACAUGGUGCAGUACCUCGCAACAUGGCUGGGCAUGCACGCGUGGUCCGCCCCUCCCGCCCGCCACCAGUCCUGGGGCUGUGCCAUCCUCUCGCGCUUCCCCCUCCUCUCCGCCUCGCCCUCCCAGUCCCUCCCCUCCCCUCAUGGCGAGCUCGCCUGCUUUCAGCACGCAGUGAUUCUCCUAGGCGCUGGUAACAUGCUUCCCGGAGGUGGUAACAUGGUUACCAACAGGGGCGCAGCUGGGUGGGGUAACCAGACGAGUGGGGUCGUGUCUGGUUACCCUGUUCACAUCAUGAACGCGCAUUUCAGCGAUCUUGAGGUGGAUAUUCGGUUGGAGGCUGAGCGGGCGGCGUCGCUUGUCCGUAGUGUGCUGCAGGCGGGAAAGGGCGGGGAGCAUGGUGCGGGAGGGGAGGGUGAGAAGGAGGAUAAAGCGGAGAGAGAGGAGAGGAGGACUCAAGAAGUGGGAUUCCCAAGGGGAAUGGGAACAGCAGGUGAACUGUCAGGUGGAUUGGCAGGUGAACUCCCAGGGGAACCGUCAGGUGAAUUUUCAGGUGAAGCAGACGAUGGAACAGCAGAUUUUGCUUCACAUUCCCCCGUGCAUGAUGUGGUGGAAGCAGAGUCAAUGGCAGCAGAGUCAGGGACGGCAGCCGUGCCAGGGGCAGCAGUAGCUGCUGGAGCAGUACCAAAGAGCAGCUCAUUCAGUGGCAUGCAAGCAACAAGCAGUGCAGCCGCGGAUGAAACUGAGGAAGAUGCAGGAGGGGAAGAGGCUUUGCAGGAUCCUGCUGAGAGGAUGGGCGCGUGGAAGAGCAUGGGGGACCGGGACCCGGGGGCAGGGUAUGUGUUUGUGUCGCGGGGGAACGUGGAGUGUGAGGCGUGGGCAGAGCCGAGGUAUGACCAGAGGAAGACGUCUGAUGGGUACCCUGUUGUGGUGGAUGUGAGGGUCACUCUCCCUGCUGCUGCUGUGUGA